UUUGCCAUUCUUUUGCUUGUGUUUUCUGCGAUGAGGAAUAUAAGAUACGGCAAUCGGCCUAUGAAGCGGCUGUUCAUGAUGAUCUCUCUCAACGUGGCAUAUUCUAGUGCCGAAUUAUUUAUAGGCCUUUUCUCUGGACGUGUAGGUUUGGUUUCUGAUGCAUUUCAUUUGACAUUUGGUUGUGGGCUACUAACAUUUUCAUUGUUUGCAAUGGCUGCCUCCUAGAAGAAGCCUGAUGGUGUCUAUACUUAUGGGUACAAAAGGCUAGAAGUUUUGUCUGCUUUUACUAAUGCUCUCUUUCUUUUGUUCAUGUCAUUCUCCUUGGCCGUGGAAGCACUUCAUGCAUUCAUUCAAGAUGAAUCUGAGCACAAGCACUAUUUAAUUAUCUCUGCGGUGACAAAUUUAUUGGUGAAUGUUCUUGGCGUUUGGUUCUUCCGGAAUUAUGCCCGUUUUAAUCUUGUUUACAGGAAAGCUGAAGACAUGAAUUACCACUCUGUAUGUUUACAUGUUCUUGCAGAUUCCAUCCGUAGUGCAGGUUUGGUCCUGGCAUCCUGGCUUUUGACCCUUGGGGUUAAGAACGCUGAAGUAUUGUGCUUGGGACUGGUUUCAGCUGCAGUGUUUAUUCUUGUUAUGCCUUUAUUUAGAACAACUGGUGGAAUUCUACUCCAGAUGGCUCCACCAAAGAUACCCUCUUCAGCUUUGAGCAAAUGCUGGAGACAAAUUUGCUUCCUUGAAGAUGUACUGGAAGUCUCCCAAGCUCGUUUUUGGGAAUUGGUUCCUGGUCGUGUUGUUGGCUCUCUCUCAUUACAGGUGAAGAAGGGAGCAGAUGAUUAUUCAAUACUGAGGUAUGUCCAUGGCUUGUACCAUGACUUGGGAGUGCAGGAUUUGACAGUUCAAACUGAUUAUGUCUGAGUAUCUUCCUCCUCUUCCAUCUUCUGGUUUGCUGGAUGCAGUUAAGGAAAGCUUAUGAUCCAAAAGAGGAAUCUAGAUUUUUUUUCACUGUAAAAAGGUAACAAAGAGGGGCAUUGACAAAAUAAUCUAGUGAUGGAUGAAUAGGAAAUAGAUUUAUAUUAUUAGAGAAUAUGAUUAAGAUCAGAACAAUGUGGAGAUGUGCUUUGGUUUUCUUGCCGUCUCCUCAUUUGCUAUAGCAU